AACUACGUCGUCUGUCUGUCGUCGUCAAUGUUUUGGUUACGCAAUAACAAAAGUCACGUUUGAGUGUUUGUCAACAAAGUAUAACUCUUUUCUGUUGAACUAAAAAGUGCUUAUUAGUUGGGAUACAGGUUGUAAUAUUACCUCUUCCAUGCAAGGAAAAUAGGUGAUAUUUGAAAACCCUAUUAAAUAGGCCGAGUAUUUCUUCAAAUCUCCAUAAAAAUGAUGGACUUUGAUGAAUCCUUCAUUGCAAGUCAUGAUUUCGAGGAACCUGAACAAGCCCAAGAAGUGAGAGAAUCUAUUCGUAGAGGCCGUAAGCCUGGAAGAAAGUCAGCGGAAAAAGUUGAUGUCAAAGCUAAACUUGAGAGAAGUCGUCAAAGCGCAAGGGAGUGCCGAGCUCGCAAGAAGUUGCGUUACCAAUACCUGGAGGAAUUAGUUUCCGACAGAGAAAAGGCAGUUCUUGCUCUACGCAAGGAGCUUGAGAAGACUGUGUUGCAGUACAGAAUGUGGGGCCGGGAGCUCGACGAGGGAAGAAUUCCGGAGGGAUUCCAGGCACUCCUGGAAGAAAUGGGUGCAGUGAAACCAGAAGGUUAAGUUCUCCAGAACUCAAAUGUUGUUGUUUUACCUGUCUAUUUAGAACAACUGUGUUGGGACAAAAUCCAGUGUUUUAUGUAUAUACAUGUAAGAUAUAUGUUAAUAAAUAUUUAUUUUUAUA